UUUUCUGACAUUGGAGCUCACUGUAAUUAUACUUUGUGCAAACAGAAAGAUUUCCUGCCAUUUACUUGUGAUGCAUGCCUCCAAAUCUUCUGUAAGGACCACAGAACUUAUAAAUCCCACGAGUGCGAUAAACCGUCUGGCUAUGAUAGCGUUCAGUUAAUCAUCUGACCACUCUGUGGGUUGAAAAUCAAAAUCAUGGAAACAGAUGACGCAGAUGAAAUCUUUCGCCAGCAUGAGUCUGAAGGAUGUGAUCCUUCUAAAAUGAAGAAAGAGAAGAAAUCUAAAUGUAUUAAAUGAAAUAAAGGGUUGUCGGAUAUCAAGAAGUUAACUUGUAAAAUAUGUCAUGGAGUUGUAUGAGUCAAACAUCGAAUGCAAUCGGAUCAUAAUUGUAGAGGAAGACCUUUGAGUAAAUUAGUCACAGGUGGUUUACCAAGA